UUGACGCGGUGUCCCCUCCAAGCCCCGCCCCCUCCUCUCAAGAGACGUGAAGCGUCUUUUCUCUCCGUCACUGGACGAUGUUGUUGAACCGAAGAGGACAGAAAACUCUCAGGACCCGAAAUGUCUCCAGAUUUGGGUGCUGAAUCACCUCGAAGACGCGGGGACUAGAAUAAAGCUUCGUCACCGGACACGUUUCAUUCCCACCGGACGACUCGACCCAUAAGAAAAAGUUCGUCCCGUCGUCGCGUCGGCCGCGUCCGUUGGUUCCGGCGGGUUGCUCCUCUAUGCGGGAGGAACAAUGGCGUUCUUCGCCAAGAAGAAGAAAUUCAAGUUCCAGACGCAUCUGACGCUGGAGGAGCUGAGCGCGGUUCCCUUCGUCAACGGGGUUCUGUUCUGCAAACUGCGGCUGCUCGACGGGGACUUCGUCGCCUCUUCGUCCAGACAGGAGGUUCGCGAGAACUGCGUUCGCUGGAGGAAGAGGUUCACGUUCGUGUCCAAGAUGAGCGCCAACCCUCACACCGGCGUCCUGGAUCCCUCCGUGUGCCGAGUGUCGGUCCGGAAGGAACUCAAAGGAGGAAAAGCGUACACGAAGCUGGGCUUCACAGACCUCAACAUGGCGGAGUUCGCCGGCUCCGGCUCCACCGUGCGCUGCUGCCUGCUGGAGGGAUACGACACCAAGAACACGCGGCAGGACAACUCCAUACUGAAGGUGAUCAUCGGGAUGACCCUCCUGUCUGGAGAUCCGUGUUUCAAAACGCCUCCCAGCACAGCGAAGUCCAUCUCCAUCCCAGGACGAGAACACACCCUGCAGCUGGACUGCAAGGGGGAGGGGACGGCCGAGCCCGGGACCACUGGAGGGGGGGUUUCCCUGGGCCGGUCCUCCGCCAAGCACCGACCCUCCAUCGUCAGCUCAGGUCUCCUGGAUGAAUCGGACCAGAACCAGAACCAGUCCGGGUCAGCUGACGCCUUCCAGUCCGGUCACUCCCGUAACUCCAGCUAUGCGAGUCAGCACAGCAGAAUCUCAGGCUACAGCACUGAACACUCCUGCUCCUCCAGCCUGUCGGACCUCACGCACCGCAGGAACACCUCCACAGGAAGCAGCGCCUCCGGGGGCCCGGAGGGCGACAAGGAGGCCGGACGUCCGGAGAGACCGCCCCGACCCCCGCGGCCGGUCCUUCCCCCUAACAGGCCCCCCAGGAGGAAGCAGGACUCGGUGGAGACUCACCCGUCCUGGGUCAACGACACUCGCAUGGACGCCGACGACAUCGUGGAGAAAAUUGUCCAGAGCCAAAACUUUGCGGACGUCAACAACACUGAAGACAGUAACCUGCGUCUGUUCGUGAACAGAGACGGAACCACGGCGCUCAGCGGCAUCAGGCUCGGGAACAGGGUGUCCGCAGGCGGCUACGAGCCCGUGGUCAUCGAGAGCCACUGAACCGAGCGGCCCGGGGGCCACAGGGGCCACAGGGGCCACGUGUCCGUCGGCCUGUGGGUGGCCUCGCCUCGUCUUCGCCGGUUUCUCUCCCGGAGCGUCGGCUCAGCUGGUUCUGGAGUCCGGACGCCGUGUCGGGACGAAGAAGCCUCGUCAGUUUGCACUUUAUGUGAAAUGUGCCGAAAAUGCCACGAAACACAAAAGCAUUGUGUUGCAGAGUUGUUCAGGAGAUUCACACUGUAGAUUUAAUCUUGACGCCAGAAUCAUCCACGUGUCCCCGUGUGUCGCUGCUGGAACUGAGGCCUCGUGCUCACACUACGAAUGACCUCCGUCAUCCAGAGGAAGGAAGAUCGACGCGUUUCUCACGUGACAGAAAGAUUAUUUUUGUUUCUUCUUCUGCGUUUAAUCUGGUCACGUGAACACACGUCAACACACUGAAGGAACCUGGAGCACGUGUUAGUUGAUGUUUAUUUCCGUCUAGAUCUCCACUGUAUCUGUCUCACUCCCUCGUGCAGAAAUCUCCCCAGACGGAAAAAAAAAAACCUGUUCAGGAUUUAGUGUCUGAUAGGGAACGGGACAGAGCGCGGAACAGGAAGUGCCUGCAUGGAGCUCGUGUCAGUUUACACUGCAGCGGAGUCUCUUUUCUCUUUUGCUUUUAUUUACUUCACAUUUCUCUGCGACUUUAAGUUCAAGUUGAACUCUGGAGACGAGUCACAGUCUCAGUUUGGGCUCAAAUGAAUCUUGUUUUUUUUAAAGAUUUGAAGUCUCAGAGACCGUCUGUGGAAAACUGAGAUAUCAAAACUAUAUUAAAACUUAGUUACAGACGGACAAAAAUUCCCAACUGCUAUAAAUACUGUCUGAAGUUCCCUUCGUGAUGCACAGGGGGACGUAUGGAUGAUUAUGGUUUUCAAUUUAUUAUAAACUUGAUUUAUCCCUCUAGUGUUACAGUGUAAAACUUUUUACAGUGUGAAAAACCAACAGGUCGUUUUUUUUCAUGUUCGUGAAAUCCUGUUUUUCUUCGCGUCACAGUUUCACUGCUGGUUCAGUUGAAUUUUUUUCUUUUCUUUUGAAGUUUGUGUCUGUGACAUAAACAUUUUUUUCACUUCCAGUUAAACGUUAACUUUCAUUCCAGAUUUGAUUCAUUAGGAAAAAAAGUUUCCAAACUUCUAAAACAAUGGUUCAAAAACCGCUGAACAUGAGAGUUUGUUAAAAACCGCUGAUCCGCUCUGAUUCACUUUAGAUGAUUAUUAUUAUUGUUAUUUGUUGCCGUUGCCCGUUGAUCGGGGGGCGUUGCCAUGACAACCACUCUGUGCCUGUCUGUGAACUUUCUCCUGAAUGAGCCUAAAGCACCAUGACGACGACGUGGUGCUGGUGACGGUGACGAGAGGAACGUGUCGUCGUUUCCUGUUUGUGUUUUGUCAUAGUUUCUCAUCCGCCAGGCGCUCGAUCACGGAUUCGUCUGAUUCGUCUCUUCGCUCGCUGAGAAUCUCUGGUCCUGUGGUACAAACCGUUGUGUGUGGAAUGAGGAGGAGGGGGUGACUGUAAGAGGUCUGUGCUGCCCCCUGGUGGAGGAGCAACUGUCUCCCCCUCUCUCCUGUGUUUACAAGGAUGUUUACUUUAAAGUCAGACUGGUUUUGUUUUACAGACGACGAUCGUAACGUCCACGACCAGCCGGCUGGUUGAUGCUUUAUUUGAUUUGAUUUGAUUUGAUUUGAUUUGAUUUGAUUUGAUUUGAUUUGAUUUUAUUUUAUUUUAUUUUAUUUUAUUUUAUUUUAUUUUAUUUUAUUUUAUUUUGUUUUGUUUUGUUUUGUUUUGUUUUGUUUUGUUUUAUUUUAUUUUAUUUUAUUUUAUUUUAUUUUUCUGUUUUUUUAAGUUUUGUCCAACUCGAGACAGAAGCAGAAGGAUUUUUUAUCUUCUACCGAAUUUUUAAAACUUUCCCAAAUUUGCAAAAGAAAAAUGUGGAAUUUUUUUUCUCGUCUCUCGAUUGAAGCCGUUUUUUAAACAAUUUUUCCACCAAAAACCUGGAUCAGGCUCAAGUUCGGCAUUUGUGCUCAACAAAAUAAUCAAUCGACCAUGAAAAUAACUGCUGAUUGAUUUUUGUAACUUUAGCUUCCAAAUGAUCCUUUGGAAAGUUUUCCCGCUUUUUAAUAAUUUUUUUUGAAAUCUUCUUCUUUCUCCGCGUGGACGUUCUUUUCUUCCUCAUGUCACGUUGUUUUCAUCACUUUGUCUUCUCACGAGUCUGUUUUGUUCACACGUCACGUUGUUCGUUGUUCUCACAGUUUGGGGAUGAACCACUGAUCGUAUAUACUUAUAUUUUGCGUCACCGCAGCCUUUAGUUUUCGUUUAAAAGCAUUUAUUUAUAUAUAUUUUUAUUUCUUUAUUUCCGUCUGGAGGUUUGGUAAUAAGCUACGCACACAACUCGCCUCCUGGAGCUUUUUCUUUCUUUUAGUACAUCUAACAAAUUAUUCUACUAUAACAAAGCUAUAUCCUUAAAUUUUGUUAGAUCAUUGAAUUGGAAUUGUUUCCUCCAGUCACCACAUAGCUACUGCGAUCGUUUAUUUUUCUGCAGAAAUGACUUCUAAAUAAUAAUAAUAAUAAAAAUUUAAAAAAAUCUAAUCUUAAA